AUGCGUGCGUGCGGUGUCGUGGGAAGCGAUGUCACCGCUGCCACAGCCGCGUGCCUCGCGAAUUCGCUCGACCUUGCCGCCGCGCUGACGCAGGGCUCCAAUGACGAGACCACGGUGGUCGCGGCUUCCGCGCCCGUCGCCGUCGCGCUCGCGGCGCUGAUGGACUGCCGCGCCGCUGGCCUCGUCGCCGCGCUGUCGUGCGAGGCCGCGCGCAGGGACGCCACGACCUUCGACAUGCCAGCCUCCGGCGACGUGCUCUCCGCCAAGGACGAGGCCGACGUCGCCGCCGACAUCAAGGUGCUCGUCUUCGGCUCCAUGGUUGUCGGCGCUGCCGGGGGCGCCCUCGCCGCCGCCGCCACGUUCGCCAAGGUCCCUGACUGGUACGAGUCGCCCGGGCAUCCUUCACGUGGCUGGGCUGAGAUGGGCCGGCUGCAGACUUCCAAGACUAGUUUGGUUCUGGCGUUUUGUGGGCUCGCGGUUGGAUCUGAAACGGAGGGCUCAGAUGCUUGA